AUGUUGGAAACCUACCUGAACCUCAAAGCUAUAGGCUAUAGUUGGGAAGAACAUCAUCUUGAAGAACAUUGUCAAAAUAAUAGAGGUCUUGAAAGGCAUGUAAGAAGAUAUACUGGAGUGAAACCCUAUGAGUGUAAUAUAUGUGGUAAAGCUUUUACAAGAUCAAGUCAACUACAAUAUCAUAAAAGAACACAUACUGGAGAGAAACCUCAUGAAUGUAAUCAAUGUGGUAAAGCCUUUACAAGAUCCAGUCAUCUCCAAAGACAUAAAAUGACACAUACAGGAGAGAAACAGUAUGAAUGUGAUCAAUGUGGUAAAGCCUUUGCACAGCGCAGUAAUUUUCAAUAUCAUAAAAGAACACAUACUGGAGAGAAACCUUAUGAAUGUAAUCAAUGUGGUAAAGUCUUUGCAUAUCACAGUCAUCUCCAAAUACAUAAAAGAACACACACGGGAGAGAAACCUUAUGAGUGCAAUCAAUGUGGUAAAGCCUUUGCACAGCACAGGUAUCUCCAAAUUCAUAAAAGAACACAUACUGGAGAGAAUCCUUAUGUAUGCAAUCAAUGUGGUAAAGCCUUUGCAUGUCACAGUACUUUCCAAUAUCAUAAAGUAACACAUACUGGAGAGAAACCUUAUGAAUGUAAUCAAUGUGGUAAAGUCUUUGCAUAUCACAGUCAUCUCCAAAUACAUAAAAGAACACACACGGGAGAGAAACCUUAUGAGUGCAAUCAAUGUGGUAAAGCCUUUGCACAGCACAGGUAUCUUCAAAUUCAUAAAAGAACACAUACUGGAGAGAAACCUUAUGAAUGUAAUCAAUGUGGUAAAGCCUUUGCACAGCACAGUAAUCUCCAAAUUCAUAAAAGAACACAUACUGGAGAGAAACCUUAUGAAUGCAAUCAAUGUGGUAAAGCCUUUGCACAGCACAGUCAUCUCCAAAUUCAUAAAAGAACACAUACUGGAGAGAAACCUUAUGAAUGUAAUCAAUGUGGUAAAGCCUUUGCAAGACCCAGUGAUAUCCACAGACAUAAAGCAACACAUACUGGAGAGAAACCUUAUGAAUGUAAUCAAUAUGGUAGAGCCUUUACCAGACCCAGUAAUCUCCAGUAUCAUAAAAGAACACACACCGGACAGAAAACUUAUUAA